GCUGGGUUUUGCACGGACGUGCGGAGGGUCAUCGGCUUAAACCAAUUGAUUGUAGCUAUAACGUGGGCUGAGACGAGGAGAAGAAAGGUGGAAGCGACAAAACGAAGUUCAGUUGCCGCUCACGUACAUCCAAACUUUGUCUUGAACCAAUACGUUUGUAUGGUAUGCUAUGUACACGGGCUAAUCGGCAGCUCGAGUAAUUUGGACGAUAAUCAAGGCGGCGCCAUAACGUCGCCUUCUUUUUUUUUUUUUCGUCCGCACACCCUGCGUCGCCGACUCCGUGAGCCACUAACGAGCCGCGGUUGUCAGCGGUUUUUGGCCCGCUUAAGCUCGUUGCCUCCUCGCCGCAGCCGCCGUUGCGCCUGACCGUCUCGUCGGGGGGGGGGACUCGGUCGCCCGUUUUCACUCGUCGCCAGUCGCGCAUUUGGACCCGUGUCCCACUAAAACGCGAGAACAGCGCGCGGGCGCCUGUGUGCCACCGUGUUUGUGUGGUGAACUCGGUCGUGGAGCUGCCACCUACGUGUUCUUGCCUCCCCGUUUGUGUCGAGGCAACCUCUGGUUUGGCCCCGUGCUCUGCGGCCCUUCUUUUUAUUCUUCUUCUUUAUUUUUUCUUGCGUAUGUUUUUUUUUGUUCUUGCUUUUUUUCAUUUUUCUGUUUUUCUGUAGCAUUCCUCGACCGUCUCGUCACCGAGGCACUCUUUUGUGUGCCGUUUCAAGAAGGCCCGUGGUAUGCGGUACGCCUCUGUCAAUCUCUGCUGCUGGUUUAUUCUUUUCUUAUAUGCGAGUGGCACAAGUUGCGCUAAGGGGCGUGCAGAAAUUCGAACAGUUUGGCGAGAAAUUCAAUGGAAAGUGCUCAUCUGGUAAAGCUGAGCUGAUAUGUCGCGGUGCUUAAUAACGGCGCGAUCUUCUUCGAGCGAGUCAGCAAGACUCACGUGGAGGAAGAUUCGGCGACCUUGAAUAUUUGAUCGGACGUUACUUAUGGUGGACAGCGAGAAUGUCGCACGACGUCGAAGAAUGGUGCAAGGGGCAAACUAUACCGACGUCUCCGUUUUCUUUUUUUCUUUUUUUUUGCGUGAAGUUCGUGCGGUCCUUCAGGGAAGCGACACGUGUAAAAAGCGAGGACAGAGCGCGCAACUCGACGACGGCUGCUCGACCGCGCUUUGUAUUCGCUGUCAUUUGCUUCACCCUCAUUAAUGCGGCUACGUAUCGUUUCAAAUCUAAAUGACACGUGCUGAGCAUUUAUUGACCACCUGUUAAAUGCCGCGUCCACAGCCUCGUCUUCAAUUUCUUCUCGCACACCGCGCGCUAGCCUGUCACGAUCGCCGUGUUCUUCAACACGCUCACGCGGCGUUGCUUUUGUUAAAACAAAGCGACAGAUGCCGUGGCCGCGGAAAUUCUAAGCCGAUCAGCACAAAAACAGGCGGUGGAGGCGCCGGGGAGCCUUUUAUUCUCUCCGCGCCUUAUACGUUCCUCGGCAGCUGGCGCGACGCGGCUUCGCAUAAAGACAACACGCUGAAACGAGUCGACGACCAACGAGCCGAGAGAUUCAAGCGUCGAAAAACAACUGUCCGCCGAGGGGAAACGGAACGCUCGCACUGCGCGGCUACGCCUCGGUUGCAACCCUUCUUCUCGAUCGCAAGAAGACGGACAGGAAGACACGCCGCGGUCACAAGCGGCGAACUAAAAACGACGGGAGGAUAGACGGCGACAGGCACGACGAGGAAGCCACGGGAGUCAGCGAGCCGCCCUUCUGUUGCGGCGAAGCCUCUCGCGCUGGCGGCACCGUGGUGCGCCGCGCGGAGCAGGCUGCCAGUGUGUGUGUGAGCAGCGUUUUCCCUGCGCUGCAAGCGAGGCGAGAAAGAGAGCCGUCUACGCGCGGGCCUGUCAAACGAACCGGGGGUGCCACGGUUGUGUUGUGUGCUCUCUGCCGUGGUGCGACCUCGUGGGUUCCGUGCCUGGGAAGGGAGCCAGGCGCAUGGCUUGCGCUGUGAAACCAGACGCACGCGGACAGAUUGAGUGACCCGGCCCGGCGGCCAGCCCGUUUUUCGUGCCGCUGAAAAGAACGGCGCGCCACGUCUUCAGCUGCGUGCUCCCCUUCGCUGGGACCAAACGCCCUUCUCAUGUUUCUUCUCUGUACAAGUGGCAAGCGCCUGGCACUCCUGGGUCGGCCGCAGCUGCAGGGUGUCCAGCGCCACGAAGCUCACGAGUGGCCCGGCGGACUCGUCGAGAAAGUUAUGACGGAGCCUCCAAGCCUGACCUUAUGCUCGCCGAGCCCGUCGUCUGCUGCGCUGUUUUCUAACGUUGAGGAGCCCAACCUUUCGUUAGCGGAAUUCGGUCCGAUGAUGGACAUCAAGGCCGAAGUGCACCGGUGGAACCCCGAGGUACACCGGAGCCCCGUGCUGGGACCCGGUCCCGGCAGUGGUCCCGUGCCCAUGAUGACUCCAGCCGCCCUGAGCCACUCUGGUCCCGAGUGCGCGGGCUGCCAGAAGCCCAUACGCGAGCGGUUCCUACUCAAGGCGCUGGACCAACUGUGGCACGAGGACUGCCUCAAGUGCGCGUGCUGCGACUGCCGCCUCGGAGAGGUCGGCUCCACCCUCUUCACCAAGGCCAACCUCAUACUGUGCAAGAGGGACUAUCUCAGGUUAUUUGGCACAACCGGACUGUGCUCUGCGUGCAGCAAAGCUAUCCCAGCGUUCGAGAUGGUCAUGAGAGCCAGGGGAAACGUGUACCACCUCGAGUGCUUCGCCUGCCAGCAAUGCAACCACAGGUUCUGUGUGGGUGAUCGCUUCUACCUGCACGACAACCGCAUCCUCUGCGAGUACGAUUACGAGGAGCGGGCCCUGAUGGCUGGGGUGCCGCCGCCUUUCUACGCCACGGGUCCCGGAGGCGCUGGCGGUCCCGGCGGCUUAGCGGCGGCGCUCAGCCACCAGCAGGCCAACAACCCGCUCCCGGUAAAGCGUCAGGGGCAGCAGCAGCAGCAGCAACAACAGACUCCGCAGCAGCAAACGGCCAUGUCUCAGCCGCAACCGCCAUCGCAGCAGCAGCCGCAGCCACAACAACAACAGCAGCAACAACCACAGCCUCAGCCACCUCAGCAACAGCCGCACUCCGUCGACGAGCCGACCAGGGACGACCGCUCGAGCGGUUACGGCAGCGGGGACUCUCCGUACGACGGCCGGUAGCUAUGGCGACCCCCAGCGCCGACCAUGAUCUGCGCUGCGCGCCCUUUUCUCGGCAAUGGCGCGACCAAGAAGCGGAAGACCAAGAGGUAGAUCCUUCCGGGAAUGGUGGGAACUCGGCCAUGCCUGGAAUCGACGAGUGCUGUGGGCGGCCCCGAACGGUGGAACACGUGCUGCCUCCCCCCCCCCCCCCCCCCCCGACUUCUCUUUUUUUUUCUUCCUGAAGCCACGUUCGCCCGUUGUGACAGUCUCGUUCUGCGAACGCCGAGCCACAGAAGCUUCGGAAUGGCCUCGCACAUGCUUCAUCAUUCACUGUGGAACGAGCCAGUAUGGUGUGAUUCGAGGACGAUGAAUCGUGCUGUGGUUCUUCAUCAGUGGGAUGACAGUGUAGUAUAAAGAGAAAGAAAAACGAGGAGUGGCUCGUUUUUUCACGCAGGAUUGCGAAAUUUACAGCUAUUUUGUUUCGCGUUGCCUCGAUGCUGCUGUUCACUUUUGUCUCACCUGAGUGCAUUUCAUUUUAGUGUCGCUGAAGAGCGUGGCUUUACAUUGACUAAGCCAAAUUGAGAUGAUACUUUAGACUUGCUUUAUUUUUCCUGUGUGACACUAUCUUCCUUUUUCGAGAGAGAUAAUUUUCUAAAUUAGCCCCGAUACCUUUCUCAAAUUUUUCUGUAAUAUUUAGUCACUGACGAUGAGUCAUUUGGCUUGUUGCCUCAGUACGGUGGAACCCCGUCGCAGCAAAUCCGCUUAUGGUAAGCACCAGUCCCUGUUUAUUCUUUGUAUAAUUUACCAGGCAAGAAUAGUCUGCACAGCCGUCAGAACACUCGUCUACAGCGCAGAAAUGAUAUGCGUAAAUAGGGCCCCUCGAUGUAGCGCGCCCGCGCUACAUCGAGGCUUCCUAUGCGUAAACGUGUGCUUGCGCCAUCUAGUGGAGGUUAGUUAGAUCAGAAAAUUUCCUUCUUAGCAAGGAGUUCCUUUCCGGCAAGGCCACCGAUAGCCGCGCUGCUGCCUCUUCAAGAAAGGCAGCCACUUUAGUGAGCGAUAGGUGAGCACACCUAGGCUUCGAAUCAUGGCGACUGCAGAGGCUCAGCUCGUCAGGCAACGCAUGCUUCAAAGAAGUUGACCUGAACGAGCAGCACACGGUAGCGAACUUCAAAACGCACCGCUUAAGCGCUCUACAAAAAUAUGCUGUGAGCUGUGCAUUCAUCAACCAGACCUGACAAAGACUGUUAGCGCCAUGCAGCGACAUCGGUUAUGGUGUUGCGCAUCAUGCACACACUUCCCUGGAGUUAAAUAUUUUGCACCGUUUAAUAUUUUGAAACUCCAUUUAGAACGCUUAUGUGAACACGAAAAAAAAAAUAAAGCUGGCAGAAUAGGCUUGUUGGACUGAGGUUGUCCUGUCGAGCUCAUCGGUGCGCCGAGCCAAUGUCGAGUCGGGCUCGGUCAAUCCGUAUCCGCCUGCGUUGGUUAGCUCAGUCAACGCUUUCGGUAGGGCCAGUGAUGCGCGUCCAGCAACGAAGAUCCGGACGUUGCUUUCGCGAAUUCUUUUCUUUUUCUUGCUUUCUUUCCACACCUUGACGAAUUGGUCUGCCAAGAGCGAGCUCAUGUAAACUGUCUCAACCCAACUUUUCCAUGGACCUGUUCGCUGCGGGUUUAUCUGUACGAGUCUACGUGCACAAAGAACGACAAACACAAACCAAACCGCAAUGGUAGACGCAGAUAGUCUAUGUUCUAGGUUCCUUCUUGGCGUCACCAGGACUCACUGCUGAAAUAAGGGUUUUCAGUGAUUCGUGUCUAGCGAUAAUGCCGCUGUAACGAAUAUUUAGCUUUCUCCCAGCUUUUUUGCUGUAAUGGGGUUCUAGUUUAGUUUUCUAAUUACAAAGAUGCGUAAAAUUCAAUGUGCAUUUUGUCAUUGUGUUCUGAUUAUGUGAAAUUCGUGGGUGACCAACGUUUCUUUCUUUCUUUCUUUCUUUCUUUCUUUGUUUCUUUGUUCCUUUCUUUCUUUCUUUCUUUCUUUCUUUCUUUCUUUCUUUCUUAUUCUUCUUCUUAUUACUAUUUUAUGCCUGUUGACCUAGCGAUCUGGAAGUCAAACAAGCCGUUUCGAAACCACUUCUAGCUUCUCUAGCAUCUCUUGCCUGUCUUGAGGUCCUGACAAAAGUAUUUUAAAUUGACAUUGCUAUAAUAGAUGGUUUUUUUUGGCUUGACUGUCUCGUGAGUGAUAAGUACUUAAGGAAGGAUUGCAGUGAUGACCUGCUUGUAAAUACGGAAACACCAAAAACCGCUACUCUUUGUCCACAUCGUCUCUCAUGGUUCAAGAACGCUUGCCUCCCCAUCACGCAUCCCUCCACGAGUGCGCCAGCUUUGUGAUGAAACUCAUCUCUUCUCCCAUUUGUGACGGAUCGUCGACACCUGUCUGCUGUUAAGCAAAUGUUGGACCUAUCUGCGUUGUGUGACGAAAAUAUGUAGCCUGUGCUGAGCAAGUCGGCAAUCGCUACUGGAGUUCCUCACACGCCUGCUUCAGACUGUGUGUGUGACACGCGCUCCUCGUGGACAAUGAUGACACGUGUUGGACAGCAACAACGCUUAAAAAAUGCUGUACUGGAUAAGCUUUCACCGGCUUACAUUGUGAGGGCUAGUCCAGAGACUAAUCUGGCUUUGGGGAGCAUAUGUUGUCGCCCAGAGUGCAAAAAUGGCUUUCUUUCUUUUUUGUUUGUUUGUUUGUUUGUUUAUGAAGAGCAGCUCGUGUAUUUAUCUUGUUUCGCGGGUUCUAGUACAAGCAAAACCAAAACGUGUGUAACGCGAUAAUUUCUGUCAUCUAAAAAAAACCAAGAAAAGGAUCGCGAAAUAGAGGGUGGGAUUAGGUUCCACUUUUUUUUUCCCCACCCUAGUAAGUCCUUUACUUGUCCAAACCGGGGAGAGGGUAGCUUAUUUAUUCAACUUCUUUCUCUCAGUCACAGUUCCUGAUGCUGAAGUUUCCAAGGGCAUUAUGUGUAGCGAGUACAGAGAAGAAAGCACGUGAACCUCUUGUCGCUCGAGCACAUGUGGGCGUGGCCGAAAGAAGCUAGCGUAAAGGUCACUUUCACGAAAGAAAGAAGAAAAAAAAAACGUCCCCUGUAAAUCACGCGCACUUUGAGUGCGAUGUGUGGAACUGUCGUUGCGGUUUCCUUACGCUGCCCGCUUUCUGCACCCUGUAACGACGGGAGAAAAAAAACAAUGGGUGCCUUGUGAGAAAUAUCUUGUACAUAUUGUACACGCUUUGUUCAUUAUGCUAAGGGAAGUUUCCUUUGUUGGCCGGACUCUCCUUUCCCGCAAUUGUUUGUUCCUGAUGCGUCCGAGAUAGGCGGCUGCCGGCUAUGUGUGUGCGUGUGUUUGUGUGUGUGUUUAUGCGCGUAUGCGGCCGUGCAGAGAGGAUGGCGUCAGAUGUAAUUACACAAACUGGCCACGGCUAUGCCUAGCUAUUGAAUGCGCAUUUCGCGACGGCAUUAUUGUCAAUAGCAUUGAAAAAUGAAAACACCAAAGACGUGCCACUAGUAAAUGUCGUGCGAUAACGGCCAGAUACUGGAUCCUUAAAUUGCCGCUUUGACGACAGAUUGACAUACUUUCAACUUUCCCAGUUGAGAGCAGUGGAGAGCCACCCUUAGUUAAAAGCAGUGGAGAGACAGUUAAACUGAGACCGUCUUUCCUGCUUCUUUAUUUUCCUAUAGCUACAAUCCUCUCACUUAUUUUUUAUAUUUCUAUUUUCUUUUUUAUGCUUAAACGUUGCUUUCUAAAUUCACGUCACGCAAGUAAAAACAAGAAAAGAAAAAUUAAGAUUGUGUCGUUUCGGCGCAUUUGAAGUGGUGCGGACCGUACGGACAGACGUGCAAUAAUCUCAAGUCAAGCAGUUACUAGUCAAGAGGUAUUCCUAACGGUUUCGCACUCUCUCGAAGCACUGUAAAUUUAAAUUAAACGCUAGAAAAUUUCUUCCGUCCCGUGUAACCAGGUAAACGCGAAGAGUCGUUGUUAACGGAGGCAAGAAGUCGGUCGUAAUAUUUAUCAGUCUUCAGCUAGUGUCAACAGCUACGCCUGCACAUAUACAGAGCGAAGAUAAUUUCCGGGUUUUUCCAGAAGUGGAUUUGUCAGCUAAUCGCGGCAAAGCAAUCAAUAUGAAAUGCUAGAAGAUAUUCAAUUCAAGAGUGAAGCUGGAGAUUAAGGAAUGUGAAGAAAAAUGAUUCAGUGGAGACGUCAAGCAUGAAUUAGUGACAACUGCUGUUUGAUCGAUGCAACUGAUGCUAACAUUUUAUGGUGCAGCCGCUAAUUAGAAAUGCCGCGACAGAUUUUGUACCUUAUUUUCUUCAUGCCCGAGCAUGGGCGUCGUGUAUGACAUGGGCAGCAAUUUGUACGCGAAAAGAACCUGGUAAAGAGGGGUGGGAAUGUGCAAGUGCUUUAUCUUCAUGACGGCCAACUGUUUUGAAUGGGGUGUUCACGUGAGAUCUAGUUCAUUCACCUACCCAUUGUUGUGCUGUGCUCGGAUCAGUGCACGCGGGCAUCAAGUUCACAGCGUUGAGAGUGCUGUCUGUUUCCCUCCAAAGUGCAGUGAUUGACCAUGUUUGCUCUUUUUUUUGAAUAUAAUAUAAUGCUACUUCCCAAUUUGUGUGGCCCAUUCUUUUCGCUCCUCUUAAGCCUCUACCUUUGUGCAGAGUCAUGGGACGCCCCAGUCUUGGCGGUAAAACUCGGAGCAAUAAAAGCCUGUGUUGUAUCUUUAUCGAA